AUGGGAAACCAGCUCUCCUCCCUCUGCGGCAACUCACGGCGUGGAAAGGCCCCGUUGAGACUUGACUCGCCCGAUAUGGCACCCAUCAAGCGACCCGCGCUGCCCUCUGUACAGACACAGCUACUCCUCCAUCAGCCUCGGUCACCCUACGAGACUUUUGCGGAAGGCAUCAUCCCAGAGUUGAAGGCGGGCGAGUUGUUGGUUCAGGUAGAGGCUAUUGCCGUCGGCGAUCAGGUCCUCGCCGUUGCAACAGACUACAGGGACUUCCGCAAGUCCGCUUUCCAAGAAUAUGCCGUCGUCUGCGGCUUCAAUGCCAUAAAGAUCCCCAAGAGCGUAGAUCCGUACCAAGCCGCCUCCCUCGGCGGCAAGCUGCCCGACCUCGACUUCCUAAGUAUCCUCCAGAGGCAAGGCGAGGAGAAUGUACCCAAGGAUUGCUACGAAGAAAUCUUCAACCCUAUCCCCGCGGGGAGCAGACCUCAUCGGGGAGAAUGGGUUUUGUUAUACGGAGCCUCCAGCGUCACAGCGCAACUAUGUGCGCAACUCGCAAAGGUGGCGGGCCUCAAGGUCAUCGGAGUUGCGGACUUGAACAAGCACGGCGACAGGUUAAGAGCAUUGGGUGUUGAUGUUAUUGUGGACCGCAAAGACCUUGAUCUCGCCGCGAAAGAGGUCCGAAAACACACACAAGGAUCCCUCCGCUUCGCCCUCGAUUUCAUCGGCAAAGACACUUCGGCGUGGUGCCAGAACCUACUCGCCGCCUGCGCCUCCUCCAGGUACCCCGAGAAUCGGGACGAUCCCGACACGAUACCCGACCCGUUCACCCAAAAGGGAGCGACACUUAGCCACCUUGUAUGUCUGACGGGUGCGCCCAAGGCGAGGGUACCCAACGUGCGGGUCCACCAAGUACCCGUGAAGAUGUUCCAUGAGAACGAGGAGCUGGGAUGCGUACUGAGCUACUGGCUUUACCAUUCACUUAAAACUGGGGUGAUUACGCUGCCAGAGACGCAAAUCGUUGACGGUGGGUUAGAAGCGGUCAAUUCCUGCCUCGAGCUCAUGCGGCGUGGUGAGGUUUCGGGGAGCCGGCUCGUUGUCAGGGUCAAGUAG